AUGUUUCAUGGAAACAUCCCGGAGACUUUAGGAGAUUGUCUCCAGGCGGAAAGCAUUUUCUUGGGUAGAAACAAGUUUGAUGGAGCUAUUCCAGAUGUUAGAAACUUGAGGGCUCUUCAAUACUUUAACUUAUCAAGCAACAAUCUUUCGGGUAACAUACCUGAAUAUCUUGCCAAUCUCUCGUCGUUGGAGAAUUUAGAUCUCUCUGGUAACGACUUUGAGGGAAUGGUUCCAACAAAAGGAAUAUUUCAAACCCUCGUAAACUUUUCAGUGUCUGGUAAUGGAAAGCUUUGUGGAGGCAUCCCAGAACUAAAACUAAGAUCAUGCCCUCAAAACGUGACAUCAUGGGCAAGAAGACAUUCAUCAAACAAGAAGAAAAUUUUCAUCGGUGUUGGUAUUGGUGUAGCUUCUCUUCUGUUGUUACUACUGGCUCUGAGUUUUCUUGUGAAAAGGAAGAAGAGAAACGGUGCAGAAAACACCAACAAUUUCUUGUCAAAUACUUCAUUAGACCCUUUCCACGAAAGGGUAAGUUUUGAGGAGCUUCGUGCUGCGACUCAUGACUUCUCUUCAAGCAAUCUGAUUGGUUCAGGAAAUUUUGGCUCUGUUUUUAGAGGGUUGCUUGGUCCCGAGUCUAAAGCUGUUGCGGUUAAAGUUCUAAAUCUCCAAACGCGUGGCGCAGCCAAGAGCUUUAUGACGGAGUGUGAAGCCUUGAAAGGUAUAAGGCAUCGAAACCUAGUGAAACUUGUGACUUGUUGCUCAAGCAUUGAUUUCAAAGGAAAUGAAUUCAAAGCUCUUGUGUACGAGUUUAUGCCGAACGGAAACCUAGACACGUGGCUGCACCGAGAGGAAGCCAAAGUCUCGGUAAGUCAUUCAAGACCAUUGAAGCUAAGUGAACGACUUAACAUAGCCAUAGACGUGGCUUCCGUUUUGGAUUACAUCCAUUCCAAUUGUCAUGACCCUGUAGCUCAUUGUGAUAUAAAGCCAAGCAAUGUUCUUUUAGACGAUGAUCUAACAGCACAUGUGAGUGACUUUGGUCUUGCUCGGAUCAUUGACCAAGAAUCCUUCAUCAACCAAGUUAGCUCCACGGGUGUUAGAGGAACCAUCGGCUAUGCUGCACCAGAAUAUGGAAUGGGAGGCAAACCAUCGAGAGAAGGGGAUUUUUACAGCUUUGGUGUUCUUUUGUUGGAGAUGUUCACUGGAAAGCGUCCCACUGAUGAAGUAUUUGUGGAAGAAUCUACUCUCCGUAGCUACACCGAGUCGGGGUUGCAAGAACAUGUUCUUGAUAUAGCUGACAUAUCGAUUCUCCAAGGCGAAGUUGGCAACAAAAACAUGAGCACUAUUGCUGAGUGUUUGAAGUUGGUGUUUCACGUGGGAAUAAGGUGUUGUGAAGAAUCUCCCACAAAUCGGAUGACGAUGGCUCAAGCUUUAGCUGAAUUAGUCUCAAUCAGAAAGAGAUUCUUUAGUAGCCAGAGGACGAGAUUGUAG